AUGUCCGCCAACAACGACAUCCAGGCCAUACAACUGACCAACGUCCAGCUGAUUCAGUACGUGUCCUUCAUGUUGUACUCCCUCAACACCAUCAUCGGUCCCGUCAUCGGCGUGCUCGGCAUCAUCGGCAACAUCAUCAACAUCAUCAUCUUCCACCGACACGGGUUCCAGCACGCCAUGAACAUCACGCUGACCGCCCUGUCCGUCAGCGACAUUCUCGCCCUCCUCACCCUGCGGGUCUACAACAUCCUCUGGAACCCCUGGACCGACUACUCCAACGUCGAUUACGUCGCCGGUGACCUCAUCACCAUGUUGUCAACACACCCGCAUAACUAUUGCGUCAGAGUCUGCGGUUACGUCACAGCUUUCGCCUCUUUCGAGAAAUGUCUUAGCGUCCUCGCGCCGCUAAAGGUCAAACAAAUUAUAACAAAAAAAGUCGCCAUAGUAACGAACGUCGUUAUUUUCGUUUCCAUGUUAAUGACGUUAUUCCCAGCGUAUUACGUCUACUACCUAGACAGGAAGUUCUCGCCUAAGCUGAAUCGAACAAUCCUCCAAAUGAACUUCCGCGACUUCAGACAAGCGGUACUGAGCGUAUCCUACUUCAUCACAGACCUAGCCGUACCCUUCCUUUCAUUCCUCUCCAUUAUAGCCUGCAACAUAGCUCUAGCCAUAGCCGUCAAACGCAACGUCUCAUGGCGGAACUCUCUUUCUACUAAAGACAUUUCAAAAACUAAAACCCUAAGUAAAAAAGAAACGAAACUUGUGUUGAUGCUGUUGAUAAUGUCUGUUGUGUUCCUGGUCUGCUUGAUACCAAAAUCUGCUUUGUUGACUGCUUCCAGUAUAGACCGGAGUCUGGGACUGGGUGGGUCACAUUUCUACAUAGGGGAGAUGAUCUUUGGCCUGACUUUGUACACAGAGAGCGUUAACUCUAGCGUCAACAUCCUCAUCUACUACAAGAUGAGCAGCAGAUACAGGACGUCACUUCACGAGAUCUGGACACAGGCUACUGAACGUCUGCAUUGUUUUAGGUCUAAGGAUAAUUUACAUGAUAUAUAA